AUGUCUCCGUUUUCUGACUCUGACGACCAGAGCUCCAUAUUCAUAGAUGAUGAAACCUUGGAUCUGCAGCUCCGUGACCAGCAACGCCGCGAUGAAGGCCGCCGCAGCCAGAGUGGCAGCAACCAGAGCAACAACUCCCCUCCUGACCUCCACGCAGUGAAUUCUCGGGCUGCUGCCCGGAAAGCCUCACUUGAUACUAGACGAAAACGCAAGCGCACCCUGACCCAGUAUGACAAUUCCCAGGAAGAUGAAGGGCCAAUGCGCAGUGCCAAUUUUUCCCGCCGUUAUGCAGAUGUGCUAGAUGAGCUUGAAGGAGAUCACAAGAGGCUGCACGGAAAGGACCCGGAGGCCUUCUGGGAUGAGAUCACGGAACGGCUUGACAUAGAAACGCGCAUGAUGGUGCUCAGCUUUAUGCGCCAUGAUGUACCAGGGGCGAAAGAUCGAAUCCUCGCAGAACUUCUCCCAGACACGCCGCCAUACUCGAAGGCAUUUGGAAUCGCGCGGGGUAUGAUCAUGAACAAGACAAAAGACUGGAAAAGCAAGUUAAUCCGGCGGAUUACAGGCCAUGUUCGAACUGCCCUCGCCGCAGACGCAGCAGCUGACGAAUUACUCAACGGAUGCACAUCACUGAAAGCCCUUAUUGAGGUAUUCCGGAAGAGAUUUACGAAGGACAACUUCUUUGAGGUUUUCUUCUUUGUGGAUGGGUACCUCGACUUCGACAAAACUGCGCAGCUUGGGCAGUAUUACUGCCGGGACUUUGAGGAUCCACGCUCGCAGGGCGCCUUCAUGAAGAUGAUGAUGAAUUUCCCAUUGAGUGAACACUUUGACGGCCUCUCUCGCGCGGAGUUCAAAUUGUCAAGUUUGAAAACGUCAGUGAACCGCGAAAAGAUAACUCCAAAAAUAUCGGACUUGGCUGUGGGUGUAGAAUGUUUCUUUGCUUCAGAAGUUGCACCACCUCCAGUCAAUGCUACAGUUGGGAAAGCGGCCAUUGCAAAGCACCAGGCACGGUGGCCCUUGGACGGACAGACUGUGGAGUAUCGAGGGUUGGAACUGCAGAUGUCCCACGUGUCGCAACUGAUUGUGUCGGAAUACCAGCAAGCACACUCCAUUUUAUAUGAAGAGCUGAUGUUCAAGGCAAAGAAUCUGAUCCCGAUGCAGUCGUGGAGGUUAAAGGAUGAUCUCGAUAUGGAAGACUUUGGGGGGUCAUGGCUGUCCCACCCAGGCAAUGCCGAGUUUGUUGAGAAGGCUGAUCGUGCUUUAAUCCAGUGUAUCCAGGCAAGUGCGGAGCUCCGAGCGAUGUUCUUAAUAGAGGCUGAUGAUGGGAGCAUGGUGUUGUCCGUCAAAGCCAUGGCUAUUUAUGAGGCGACUGCUCAAGAAUUCCUCAAACGACUGUUAGUUCUCAAGCACAUCCCACCUGGCCCACCGAUCCGAGAGCCGGAACUGCUGUCUGUUACAUGGCGCAAUACAGCACGACAACGCCAUUUGUUCCUGUGGGAGAAGCUAGUGAUGAUCUAUACUCAAUACCACAAAGGCCAGCAGCAGUCAGGGGUUUACAAGGACAACAUCAGGUCCUUGCCAAAGGCGAUUGGGGAUCUGCUGUUAGAUUACAUUGCAUAUGCGAUACCUCUACGCCAGAUGUUUCUCCGUCAGCAGACGCCGAAGGCCUUGAUCUCUCCGUAUAUGUCUAAGGAAAGCGUGUGCUCGGGCCAAGGUGCCACAGUUUCAUACGUCGACUGGAGACAAAUAUCAGCGUCUAUUUGCAAGGAGAAGUUCUCUGCGAAGGAUCGGGCUAAUUUUGAUCUUGAGGACAACGGAGUAGAGGACAUGGAGGAUGAGCUAGAUCUGAUUGCCAUGGCUGAGUAA